AUGGCUGAUGAUGAUCUUGUGACCACCGUGGGAAAUCCGGGCGAGGCUCCUACGGCACUUCAAGAUCAGGUGGCACUUAUGACGGACCAUUUGGCGGAUUUCUACACCUCCAUGCAGGCCGUGAGCCCUGAUAUGGUCCGAGGCAUCCGUGUGUUUCAGAUUCUCCAAGCUCUUCCAUGGCGCUGGUUCCAGGGCGAUUUGCCUUCGCUGUAUCAAUUGAGCGAGGCAUCUGCGGAAUUGGAUGAGUUUUGGAAUAACUGCACACUGGCGAGCUGUGUCGGAACCUUCUUUGCCGCCUUGGCAGCCGUGCUUUACUACAUGGGUGUUUUGCCCUCGUGGGAACGAGGAGAGCAAGUGGCCUUCGAAAAGUUGUCGUUAUUGUCGGUGGAUGUCGUGGUGCAUGGCGUGAUUUGGUGUGAGGCAUGUUCGCAAAUUUAUGUGUUAAAGCACAAGGAUAUCCGCAUUGCAGAUGGGCCACAACGUUUGGCAUCGCAACAUUCUAUUUGGGCCUCUUACUUUACAGGUGCUGUGGCACCGGACUCUCGUGACGAGACUCUGGAAGUGAUCCUGCAGUGCAUCGUUGCCUGGUUCGGGUCAAUUGAGAACUUCGAACUCCACGUCCGCUCUGAUGUCCGUGAGUCAAUGGCAGGUCAACUUGCAAACGGAGCCUUUCUGUACCACCGCAUACUUGCAGCGACCACGCCACUCUUGUGGUUCUUUUUUGAUAUGACCAUCAGCGUGAAAGAUCACAGAAAACUUCCGGCUCUAUUCCGGAGCUUGGGGUUGUGGCUUGCUACAAUACCUUGCGUGGUCAAGCUCAUGUUUCGCUUGAGCUAUCGCCUGAGGACCAAGCGCGACAGUGUCUGUGCAGAUUGUUUGGUCUCCACAGGCCUUACACUUUCAGUUUCCCUGCUGAUCUUUGCUCUUCUCGUGGGCGGGACCUACCUUAUCGAGCCCAACGAUGAGUUCAUGAUCAAGACGUUGACCUUCUUUUGCGUGUCAGUUCUGAUCACGGUCUUGGUCUGGCAGAAAGUGCCAACGAUCCAAUUGGACCCACAGCCCAUAGCUCCCCAUCCAGGCUACUAA